CGACGCAUACCCAUCACAUCGGAUUUUCGCUCCGAACCUGAAACCUCUUUUUGCUUUUACCCGUCAUCUGGGUUGAGGAACAUGCCCUCCACGACGUUCACCGUUGACUGCAUCCUCUUUGAUAUGGACGGCACCCUCGUCAACAGCACGGCGGGUGUGGAGGGUGCUUGGGACCUCUUUAAGCAGACAUACCCCAACAUCGAUGUCGAAGAUAUCCUCAGCUCCUCUCAUGGGGUCCGUACAAUUGACAACCUCCGAAAACACUGUGGUAUCACCGAUGCGGAUGAGCUAGAGCGCGAGGCUGAACGGUUCGAGAAAGCGAUUGUCACCACUUCAACUGAGAAUGGUCGGGCGGGGAUUGUCCUUCUUCCCGGCGUCAAGGCUGCCUUCGAACAGGCACGUUCCCUCUGGGCUCGCUUUUUUCUUUCCGCCGACGAUUUACCGCAGAUCGGGUCCGCUCAUGCCCUCCCCCAUCCACGCUGGGCGAUAUGCACUUCCGCAACGCGUGAUUACGCUUCUUCAGCAGUCAGACUUGCAGGCGUACCGGUCCCUGACGUAUUUGUCGUGGCCGAGGACGUCGUAAACGGCAAACCACACCCCGACCCUUACCUUCUUGGAGCUACCAAAUGCGGCGUCAAACCUGAGAAUUGUGUUGUAUUCGAAGACGCACCGGCCGGUGUGCGAAGUGGACAGGCUGCGGGCUGCAAGACGAUUGGGUUCCUCACAACACAUCCGCGCAGCCAGAUGGAGGCCGUGAAGCCAGACUUCCUCGUGCAAAACAUGUCUAAUAUCUCGUUCAAACUUUUAGAGACGGGUGUCGAAAUAACGGUGAAUGUAGAGUAG